ACGAUUGAAACUUCAGAAGAGAAUGGCUGCUCGCGAAUCUGGCAGGAUAAAGGAUGCAUAUCAGAAGAGGGUGCUCGAUGAUGCAGCGCGUAAACGCCGACAGAAGAAGGCCUUGGAAGCAUUGGAGCAAGAUAACUUUCACGAUGACCCACAUGCUGAUCUGGUGAUGAGCAAGAAAGUACCGAAAUUCCAAGAGACUCUGGAUAGCAGGGACGCCAGUAGGAAGAAAAAGACUCGAUCUGCGGAAUACUACAAACAACGCUUUCGCAAGACUUUUGCCCAGCUGGUGGAGGAGGAUCUCAAUGUGAAUCCGAAUCCUCCGAAUUACGCCUGUGCCCAGGCACCGCCAUCUCGUUUCCCCGACAGACAUUUCUGUGCGGUCUGUGGUUUUCCCAGCAAUUACACUUGCAUACCUUGUGGUGCCAGAUAUUGUUGUGUCAAGUGUCUAGGUACUCACCUUGAUACAAGAUGCUUGAAAUGGACCGCCUGAGGAUAUUCUGUCUUUUAUAUUAAAAUCUAAAAUAAAAUGUGCGUUCUAGAUA